AGACUCCUUCCCCUCCUGGAGCGAGCCUCUAGAGCACCCAGGUCGUGUUGGUACCACGCCCCCCACCCUCACCACUGGGCCCCACUCCCCCCCAAGCCCCCAUUGCCUGGAGAGCAGGGAUGGCACCCGGUUGCGUGGGUUCUGCCCCCACUGUUAGGGGGGCCUCUUCAGGCAAGGCAUUUACCCCCUACAGCGGGGGCCCUGGGGGGCUGCAGGUUGGGAGUGAGGGGCACCAGCGGGGGGAGGGGGGGUGGGGGGCAGCUGGGAGUCCUCAGGGCAGGCGUGGAAGUGCGUGGCGGAGACAGGCUCCAGGAACACACAUGUGAGGCGGGGAAGGGAGUGCACACGUGUGCCCAAGGCAUGUCCGGAUGUGGGGCGCAUGGAGGGGCAAGGCGGGAGCACGCAUGUGCGUGUGUGUGCGUGUGCUGGGGGGGCUCCACAGGGCUGAGGGGCAUGGGCAGCUGUUGGGGCAGGCGUGAGCAUUUGCGUGUCGUUGUGGGUAUGUGGACGCAGGGGUCUGAGCUGGAGGCACCCCGCCACCCCGGCUCCAUGUGUGAGCACACGUGUUAACACGGCCCACAUGUGCAUGGCGGCUCAGCGCCACCCGGGGUCCGUGUGCUGGUGUGAGCCGCAUGGUGGGAUCGGUGUGUGCGAGCACAGCAGCUGCGUGUGGCAAGGAGGCCCCGGCUGGGCUACAUCCAGCCUGGCAUAGCAGGGUGUGCUCACCCACUCCAUACCCUCCUGACCCCCUUCCCGUGUCCCCCAGGACCCCGUGCCCCAUGGCCGCCCCCCAGCCCACGCUGUGACCCCCAACCCCGCCCGCCAGGAUGUGCAACCGCAGCGAGCCGCGCUGCGACGUGGGCUCGCAGCUGGACCAGCUCUUCCCGCCGGCGCUGUACAUCGCGGUGCUGGUGCUGGGGCUGCCGGCCAACGGCGCGGCGCUGUGGGCCGCCUGCCGCCAGGUGCGGCAGGGCAACGAGCUGGGCGUCUACCUGCUGAACCUGUCGGUGGCUGACCUGCUGUACGCGGCUGCGCUGCCGCCCUGGGCCGACUACUUCCUGCACCACGACGACUGGAGCCACGGCCCCGGCGCCUGCAAGCUCUUCGGCUUCGUCUUCUACACCAACAUCUACGUGAGCGUGGCCUUCCUGUGCUGCGUCUCGCUGGACCGCUACGUGGCCGUGGCUCACCCACUGCGCUUUGCCCGCCUGCGCCGCGUGCGCACAGCCGUGGCCGUCAGUGCCGGCGUCUGGGCCCUGGAGCUGGGCGCCAACUCGGCGCCGCUCUUCCACGACGAGCUCUUCCGCGACCGCCGCAACCGCACCUUCUGCUUCGAGAGCUACCCCAUGGAGGCCUGGCUGGCCUGGCUCAACCUGUACCGGUCCGUGCUGGGCUUCCUGGUGCCCUGGGCCGUGAUGCUGCUGUGCUACCGCGGCAUCCUGCGGGCUGUGGGCGCCAACGUGGCCACGGAGCAGCAGGAGAAGGCCAAGAUCCGGCGCCUGGCGCGCAGCCUGGUGCUCAUCGCGCUGGUCUGCUUCGCACCCUACCACGCCGCGCUGCUGGGCCGCAGCGCCAUGUCCCUGGGCCGGCCCUGCGACUGCGGCUUCGAGGAGCGCGUCUUCGCCGCCUACCACGGCGCCCUGGCUGUCACCAGCCUCAACUGCCUGGCCGACCCCGUGCUCUACUGCCUGGCCCACGAGGGCGCACGGCAUGACAUGGCCCAGGCCCUGGCCAGCCUCCGCCGCGGCCUGGCUGGUGCCUGGCUCACGCUGGACACGCCGCCAGCGGGCAAGAAGGCCGGCGCCCCCGUGCCAGCCCCCACGCCAGGCGAUGACCUGGAGCUCCAGCUGCACAUCCUGGUGCCCCCCACCCCUGAGGUGUGAAUGGGAUGCAGACGAGGUGGGGCUGGGCGAGGGUGCCUGGUUCUGUGGGAUGAUGGGGGCGGCAGGGGGGGGCAGGCGGAUGGACCCAGGGGGCGUGCAUGUAAGUGAGCUGUGCAAGUGUCUGUGAGCGUGUGUGUGGGAACGUGUGCACGCAGUACAGUGUUGUGUGUGUACGUGGUAGUGUGUGUGUGCACAUGUGCAUGUCUCUGAGGUGUGCUCUGGGAGUGUAUCCUAGAUGCUGGGUAGUGUGUGUGUGCCCAGACACCUGGGUUCAGUGAGGGGGGGCCCAGCUCUCUGCCCUCCCGUGAUCCAGCUGCUCCAGUGCAGGGGCAGGGGGUGGCCAGUGCCCUGUUGUGCCCGUGGGUAUGUGGGGGGGCUGCCAGGUGCAGGGAACAAAGCUGGAGAACCCCAACACCCCACCAUGAAUAAAGCAGCUGUGACCCC